AUGAGGAUGGAGAGGAGGAUGCCCGCUGGGUGGUCCUCGCUUUGUGCCAGCACUCCUCCCGGACGGGCGGUGCACACGCUCAGCAGCUGCAGAGGACCCGGCGAGCACCCAACAGAGCUGCUAAUUGAUGAAAAAAACACCUCGGAGAAAGUGGGGGUCACAAGUGACGUUGGAAACUACUAUUACGGCCAGGGCCAUCCUAUGAAGCCUCACAGGAUUCGUAUGACCCAUAACCUCCUCCUAAACUAUGGACUGUACAGGAAAAUGGAGAUCUAUAGACCACACAAAGCGAGUGGAGAAGAGAUGACCAAAUACCACAGUGAUGAUUACAUUAAGUUUCUCAGGUCCAUUCGACCAGACAACAUGUCGGAAUACAGCAAGCAGAUGCAAAGAUUUAAUGUAGGAGAGGAUUGUCCUGUGUUCGAUGGACUUUUUGAAUUUUGCCAGCUCUCGACGGGUGGCUCUGUUGCUGGAGCCGUGAAGCUGAAUAAGCAACAGACAGACAUUGCCAUUAACUGGGCAGGUGGGCUUCAUCACGCCAAGAAAUCUGAAGCGUCUGGGUUUUGUUAUGUGAAUGACAUCGUCCUGGCCAUUUUGGAGCUGUUAAAGUAUCAUCAGAGAGUGCUGUAUAUAGACAUUGACAUUCAUCACGGUGAUGGAGUGGAGGAGGCCUUCUACACCACAGACCGGGUCAUGACUGUGUCCUUCCACAAAUACGGGGAGUACUUCCCUGGUACUGGAGACUUGAGGGAUAUUGGAGCAGGAAAAGGGAAGUAUUAUGCAGUAAACUAUCCUCUGCGGGAUGGCAUUGAUGAUGAGUCCUAUGAAGCCAUCUUUAAACCUAUUAUGGCCAAGGUGAUGGAGAUGUACCAACCGAGUGCCGUAGUUCUUCAGUGCGGAGCAGAUUCCCUCUCAGGAGACAGAUUGGGUUGUUUUAAUUUAACUAUCAAAGGCCAUGCCAAAUGUGUGGAAUAUAUCAAAAGUUUCAAUCUUCCUCUGCUGAUGCUCGGAGGGGGUGGCUAUACCAUCCGUAAUGUGGCCCGCUGCUGGACUUAUGAAACCGCAGUAGCCCUGGACUCCUCCAUCCCCAAUGAGCUGCCCUAUAAUGACUAUUUUGAAUACUUUGGGCCUGACUUCAAACUGCACAUCAGCCCGUCCAACAUGACCAAUCAAAACACCAACGAAUACCUGGAGAAGAUAAAGCAGCGUCUUUUUGAAAACCUCCGCAUGCUCCCACAUGCCCCUGGGGUCCAGAUGCAGCCCAUCCCAGAGGAUGCCCCACACCCUGACAGUGGAGAUGAGGAGGAGGAGGACCCUGACAAACGGGUUUCGAUUCGUGCCCACGACAAGAGGAUAGCGUGUGAAGAGGAGUUCUCGGACUCUGAAGAUGAAGCAGAAGGGCAGGGAGGCGGGCGUAGGAAUGCAGCCAACCACAAGAAGGCCAAGCGGGUAAAGAAGGAAGACGAUAAGGAAGGAGAGGAAAAGAAAGAAGUAAAAGAGGAGGAGAAGGACAUGGACAAGAUGGAUACAUCUGGACCAAAAGAAGAGGUGAAGACUUGA